CCUUCCCGUCGCCGCCAGAGGGGGACGCCCGCCCGCGCCGCCUUCACCCUAUCACCACCAGCCUCCCGGCGAGGAUUCGCCCUCUCCGGUUGCAACCACCGCUGCCUCCGCGAGCACUACUUCUUCGGCCGCCUCGCGAGGAAUAGGUAGACUGAGCCUUGUAUCAACAAGAUGGUGCAAUACAAUUUCAAGAAGAUCACUGUUGUCCCUCCUGGGAAGGACUUCAUUGACAUAAUCUUGUCCCGCACUCAGAGGCAGACACCAACUGUUGUCCACAAGGGAUAUGCUAUCUCCCGCAUCCGCCAGUUUUAUAUGCGCAAGGUUAGGUAUUCCCAGCAGAACUUUUACGAAAAGCUGUCCACCAUCAUUGAUGAGUUCCCUCGACUGGAUGACAUCCACCCUUUCUAUGGUGAUCUUCUCCAUGUGCUCUAUAACAAGGAUCACUACAAACUUGCCUUGGGCCAGAUCAACACAGCUAGGAACAUCAUUGCAAAGAUCUCCAAGGAUUACUUGAGGCUGCUCAAGUAUGGAGACUCCUUGUACCGGUGCAAGUGCCUGAAGGUAGCUGCACUAGGUCGCAUGUGUACUGUUGUAAAGAGGAUCGGUCCUAGUUUGGCAUACUUGGAGCAGAUCAGGCAGCACAUGGCCAGACUUCCAUCCAUAGACCCAAACACCCGUACUGUGCUGAUUUGUGGCUAUCCAAAUGUAGGAAAGAGCUCUUUCAUGAACAAGAUUACAAGGGCAGAUGUUGAUGUCCAGCCUUAUGCUUUUACAACAAAAUCCCUGUUUGUUGGUCAUACAGAUUACAAGUACCUGCGCUACCAAGUGAUCGACACUCCAGGGAUCCUUGAUCGGCCUUUUGAGGAUAGGAACAUCAUAGAAAUGUGCAGCAUCACUGCUCUGGCACACUUGAGGGCUGCAGUGCUGUUCUUUCUGGACAUUUCUGGAUCUUGUGGGUACAGCAUUGCUCAGCAAGCUGCACUCUUCCACAGUAUAAAGUCUCUGUUCAUGAAUAAGCCUCUGGUCAUUGUGUGCAACAAGACUGACUUGCUACCCCUUGAAGGGCUUUCUGAGGAGGACAUGAAACUAGUGAUGGAGAUGAAGGCAGAGGCUAUGAAGACUAUAGCUCAAGCUGGAGAUCCUAAUGAAGAGGGUGUUUUGUUGACUAUGAGCACUUUAACAGAUGAUGGUGUGAUGGCUGUUAAAAAUGCUGCAUGCGAGAGGCUUCUUGAACAGAGGGUGGAUAUAAAGAUGAGAUCAAAGAAGAUGGUUGAUUGCUUGAAUAGGUUUCAUGUUGCUGUGCCAAAGCCUCGUGACAACAAGGAGAGGCCUGUUUGCAUUCCUCCUGCUGUUUUGGAAGCUCGGGUAUAUGCUGCUGCAAAGGAAAAUAGGAAACUUGAGAAAGACCUUGAGAUGGAGAAUGGAGGUGCUGGGGUCUAUUCUGCAAGUCUCAAGAAGCAUUAUAUGUUGGCCAAUGAUGAAUGGAAGGAAGAUAUUCUCCCUGAGAUAUUGGAUGGGCAUAAUGUUGCCGAUUUUCUGGAUCCGGAUAUCCUGGAAAGGUGUGAAGAGUUGGAAAGAGAGGAGGGGCUUCGUCUUGAAGAGCAAGUUGCACAAGAUGCUUUCCAGAUUGAUGGCCAUGAAUUAACUGAGGAACAGAAGGAGAUUUUGGGUCAGAUUAGGAAGAAGAAGGCAUUACUCAUCCAAGAGCAUAGAAUGAAGAAGAGAACUGCAGAAAGUCGUCCUAUUGUUCCUAGGAAGUUUGACAAAGAUAGGAAAUUCACAACUGAUAGAAUGGGGCGGCAACUUUCCUCUAUGGGUGUGGAUCCUAGUGCAGCCAUGGAUAGAGCACGCAGCCGGUCAAGAGGUCGCAAGCGUGAGAGGUCACUGAGCACAGCUGCUGGUGAUGAUAUGGAGAUAGAUGGCCAGCAAUCCAAUAAGAAACUGCGGACAAGAUCAACAUCUAGGUCGAAAUCACGAGCACCCGAGGAGGUCACACCAGGAGAAGGGUUCAGGGACUCCGAGCAGAAGAAGAAGGCAAUCAAGAAAGCAAAGGCCUCUACAAGGAAUAGGAACAAGGAGGCUCGUCGUGGAGAGGCUGACCGUGUUAUUCCCACCUUGAAACCAAAGCAUCUAUUCUCUGGGAAACGCUCUAUUGGGAAGACAAGCAGGCGAUAAGCAAAUCAGCGUCCAGCUGCAUUGCAUCACUGGAACUGGAAAUACAGAUCUGCUGCAAUCUUGGUGCAGACAAUUACAGAAAGCAAGGCUUCAAUGUCCAAAUGGCAUGAUUUCUUCGAUGAUACACUACUCCGAUAUAUGAACUCUGGAGUCUCAUGUCCCUUCGUCCUCUCGAGACAGUUUUGCUAGCUUAUACUAGUAUUGAAGUAUUCUACAUUUGGCAUAUGGUUUAAUUAGCAGAGGUGUUAAUUUUGUUCUGAUUGUACUAAGGCAUUCUCAUACCGAAGACCGUUUAGCACCUUUUUGCGGUUACCGUGGAAUUCCUGUCAGAUUUCAAUUGGCGUUUGAAAUGCAAUGGUGAAUUUUAAGAUGCUGCAACGCUUUCACUGGA